GAGUAAGUAGUGGGUAGCGUGUGCGUGCGUGCGUGCGCGUGUAUGUGUGCGCGUGCGUGUCUGUGUGAGUGUGUGUGUGUGUGUGCGUGCGCGCGAGCUAAGGAGAGAAAAAGGCUCGCGAGCGUUAAGUGCGCGGCAGUGUUUGGUGUGAAAGCGGUGCAGAUGGGCUCGGUGUGCGAAAUGCGCCUCACGCGGAAACGCUGGACCAUCUGCACGAUUGGCCUGCUCCUGAUCUUCUAUAAGACGAAAGAAAGAGCAAGAAGUAACGAGCAUCAGGAAGCCCAACUCACAAGCGAGGGCGAGUUGCAUACUUUAAGACUAAUGGUCAAUGGCAGCGAUAAAGGCUUUCGCAAGAACCUCGCGGCGUACAUGCAGCCCUCGCAGGAAGGGUGGAAGGUCAAUUCUACUCUCGUUGGCCUCAUAAGGAAGGACAUCCUGCACUUCUUGGACGCAGAGAGGGACGUUUCGGUGAUCAAGAGCAGCUUUAAACCCGGUGACACCAUCCACUAUGUUCUGGACCGACGCAGGACGCUGAACGUCUCGCACGCACUGCACAGCCUGCUUCCUGAGGUGUCGCCUCUCAAGAACAAAAGGUUUAAGACCUGUGCUGUGGUGGGCAACUCCGGUGUGCUCCUCAAGAGCGGAUGUGGGAAGGAAAUAGACAGCCAUGAUUUCGUUAUACGAUGUAACCUGGCUCCCCUGGCGGAGUUCGCCGAGGACGUGGGCAUAAGGUCAGACUUCACCACCAUGAACCCGUCUGUGAUUCAGCGAGUGUACGGCGGCCUGUCGAACGAGACGUUGCGUGAGCGCUUCGUGCAGCGUCUGAGGCUGUUGAACGACAGCGUCCUGUGGAUUCCAGCCUUCAUGGUGAAGGGAGGAGAGAAGCACGUGGAGGGCGUCAACGAGCUCAUUCUCAAGAGGAAGCUUCCGGUGCGCAUGGCCUACCCCUCCCUCCGCCUGGUCCAUGCUGUCAGAGGGUACUGGCUCACGAACAAGGUGAAUAUCAAGCGUCCCAGCACUGGAUUGCUGAUGUACACCAUGGCGACGCGUUUCUGCGACGAGAUCCACUUGUACGGCUUUUGGCCGUUCCCAAAAGACGGCAGGGGAAAUCUAGUGAAGUAUCAUUACUACGACAUGCUGAAGUACCGCUAUUUCUCGAACGCAAGUCCUCAUCGGAUGCCGCUCGAAUUCAAGACGUUAAAAUUGUUACACAGCAAGGGAGCUCUAAAGCUCACGACGUCUAAAUGUAGACCAGCCUGACUGAUCCAACCCGUUAACGUCACAUUUGAUCGGAAACGGAGAUGAUGACGAUGCGGUUGAGUGGCAGAAAAUCCCACUUCGAAACUUGGAGAACUGAAGGUGCCUUCAGUUGGAUGUUUAAAAAAAAGGCAGAAUCAUCAAAGGCUUCAAAGUGCCCUAUCAUAUUUCAGUAAUUCAAUUCCCCCAUUCCCCGAACUGUAGAAGAGCUCUUGAGCUUCAGAUCCCUUGCAAUAGUCUUACUGGUGAGUUCAUCCUCAUCGAUUGUUUUACAUGUGAAUACUGUCCGGUUGUUCUCAGUGACUUCGUGACUAAUAUGAGUAGCAUCGUUACUACAGAAAAGUUACCGUAACGUCUUAUCAGUCCCAAAGAUCUACAUGUUCCUUGAGAGAUUGUAAUGCUUUUGUUUGCUUUUUUUGCUGUAAUUUUUAGGAUCUAGUGGCCUUUGUGCAAAUUAUUUUUAUAUCUGAAAGUAGGUCAUACAGUGCUCACAUGUUCGGUUUGCUGUGUUCAAGAUGUCAUUAAUUUUGUAAGCCAUUUCAAGCCUUGAUGAUGUGAAAUACUGUAAGUCCGAACGGUGGGACCACUCCUGUAAACGAGAACCUAGUUAGUUACAUAGAGGCAGCAUCUGUGGUUUUGUCGCUGGAACGUACCAUAUAUUUCUGAAGGAAAAAAAAGAUUACGGGAUAAUACCGUCUCUCAGCUUUAAGGCCUGGAUUUACUGGACCGUUUAUCAGGUAUUCCCGUUUCGUUCGUUAUUGGACUGCGAUAUUAUGAGGUUAUUUAUUGGAUCGUUGUUAAAACCCGGUGUUAAAGUUUCACUGAUUUUUUCAGAAUGAAAAGAAAAGUUGCUGCAGUUUGAGUCACGGUCAUGUGACCUACUCGUGACCUUAACACUUGCGGCCACAAACUUUACGCUAACUUUCAAAUAUGGAAUGGAAAUGGGGUGUAGGUAACACGUAUAGGAUUUGUUAAAGCGACUUGAUUUGUACAGCAGCAUCACUUUACACUGAUCAGGCAUAACGUUAUAAGCGGUGAAGUGAAGAACACUGAUGAUCUCUUCAUCAUGGCACCUUUUAGUAGGUAGAUUUGUUUAUUAGGCAGCAAGUGAACAUUUUGUCCUCAAAUUUGAGCGAGUUUUCACAAAUUGUGACGUCUAGACGACUGGGUUCAGAGCGUCUCCAAAACUGCAGCUCUUGUGAGAUGUUCCUGGUCUGCAGUGGAUCGAUCUAUCAAAUGUGCUCCAAUGAAGGAACAGCAGUGAAACAGCGACAGGGUCCUGGGCGGCCGAGACUUAAUGAUGCACGUGGGGAGCGAAGGCUCAAAAAGAUCUUCAUGCUUUUAAUGAUUCAGGACAAAAUGGGGACCAUCAUGAAAUUAGGCCGGUGGUCAUAAUAUUAUGCCUGGUGUAUGUAUACGGUUGUGUGGAAAUCCCAUAAUAGAUAUUUGUUAAAUAUAUAAAUAUUUCCUUUGAAUUUCACCACCGGUUAAGGCUAAUUAUGACCACGAUUACUGUGAUAUUACAUACAUUGAAACGUUUACUCAAGAACACCCCAAUUUCCAUACAAUAUGACAUCACCAUAUCGUUUCUCAUUAUAGUAAAUGUUGCUGUUGCAUAACACGUGCAUGCUCAGUGGUUCCAGGCCUUUCGGUGCUUCUCCGGUUUCUCUCUCAGACACUCUAGUGACUUUUCCCUUCCUGUAGCACUGUACAUACAGUAUGUAAGAUUGUAAAAAGUCAGAAACGUACUAACGCAAGCUGACUGAAUGUUGUGAUGUAUCUGAUGCACAGUACUGCUGAGGUACGACGUCGUUUCCUAGGGCAGAUAUUUUCCCACAUUGUUUUAGGCAUCUCUUUGGUUUUUUUUUUUUUUUUGUUUUCUGAAGGUUGCUGGAAAGAAGAGAACUUGAAAAUGAAUGCCUUUAAAUGUUACCAUCCACCUGGUAUCGUGUCUCUUAUGUGAUAUCGGUCUCCUGUAGCAAGCGGUGUUCGCCAAUAAGCGAAACACUCGGCAGUCGCAAUAAUUCAAAAGAGGUCUAUUUAAAAACCAAUAAACCGAGAAUAUCUCGCUGAGAAAUGUCUGAUUCGAUUGAUUUAACAAAAGAGAUUAGCGCCCCACAAGGUGCUCCUGAUGUGUUUACAGAUGAUCGCACAAGCUUAAGCACUAUGUGAAGACCAACUGUGUUAAGGCCAGUGGUGCACUGGGGAAUGAUUUAACACGGAUCCUUGUUCAGAUCGGUUUGUUCCGAUUUAUUACCGAUGUCGCCGCGGGUGGCGAAAUAUAAAAGCAGAGGUUCCUCAAAAACCUCUGAUGAGUAGACCCAUGUGUAUUAUGUGGUAUACUGUGUAUGGUCCUAUAGUAUGUUCUAGCGAUACUGUACUGCCUGGUAUUUCUAUUUAUAGGCCAUGUAUCAUACUAUUUAUUACUUUCAAGAAACUGCUGUUUUUGUUUUUGUUUUUUUUUUUUUUUUCUUGUCAGUAAUUUAUAUUGUCAUUUGUUUUGUAAAGAUGUUGAAUGUAAUAGGUCAUUUUUUAGACAGUUUGAUACUUGUUUUUGCUAAAAAAAAAAAAAAAAGAAAGAAAGAGAAAUCGCAGCUUUAAUCUAAGUUCACUUUUUUCAAAACCAAAUUUCUAUGUUUGUAGAAAUUUUAGACGAAGGUAAUAAAAAAUACGUCGAUCCCA